AUGUCGAGUGCAGCUGAAGCGCAUGACGGAUUUGCUGAUGAAAGUUAUUAUACAGUUGAAUAUUUUCCAAACAUAAUGUUUGGGAAGGUCACAACUUUAUGUGAUGCUGCUGGCGUCUGCCCUGAAAGAUCCUGCAAUCUUAAGCAACACACCUGUCCUAGACCCCUGAUUUGCCAGUCUAUGAAUCAAAAAAUAUUUGAAGAAUGUUUCUGUCCACUAAUAGACGAUUAUCACGAUAAACAACAAAAUUGUGUGGAUAUACCGAAAACCAAGAACGUAGCCUUCGCUGGAUUAGCAUUUUGCGAAACUGAAAAUGGAAGAGAGCCGGCAUUGUAUUUGGUUGAUGGGAAUGUAUUUGGUACUGCUAGCUCUGUUGUAGUUCAUUCGUUGAAUAUUGAACUUAACCGAGUUUAUUCGGUUCAUGAUGUUAUGAUACACAUUUACUCACAGCCUGAAACAAAUUCAUUUUUUAUUAUCCACGUAGUUUAUCCAACUACUGAAUUUAAUUUUCAAGUACUUGAUGGGGUCAAAAAUAAUGAUGUUGAGGGUUAUGAAGAGUCCGCUAAAGAUGAUGAAAAAAUUGGUAAAAAAUCUUUGAAAAGUGCUGAUGUGACGCAAACCAAAGUGUCAGAAUGUCAUCUAAAUCCUCUUCCCGGUGGGUUUAGAAAAAUAAAUUACAACUGUGCUGACCAAUAUGCCAAAACUCUAAGCGUAAAAACGAAACAGCAGGACAGUUUUGGUGAUUUGAGAACUGUUACAGAAGUCGAAGUGUUUGCAAGAGCUGUUAAGAGUACUGGCUAUAAGUUCGUCGGCUGUUUUGGGACCAUCACUCGCCACGAUGUAGCCGUCAGCAGCCUGCCUAUCUUUGACUGUUCGGAGAAAUGUUCAAAAAUAUUUCCUGAUUUUGCAAUUGCAUUACAAAAACAGAAUUGCUACUGCAUCCGCGAUUACGCGAACUUCCUGCCGUCGUCAGAUUGUUCUAAAAAAUGCACCAAUCAUUCUUUUUUGAAAUGUGGAUCUGAUAAAGCUUAUUCAGUUUAUGCAACACCUCGUGAAAAAGACGUCUUCAUUGGGUGCGUAAAUGCCUUGAAGCAUGUGCCCCUGCAUGUUGGCGUGGACCCGGCGAGAGCAUACCGAUCGUGCAAAACGCACUGCGCGGCACUGCUGGCCGUCCACUUCGCUAUUAAGGCAAGGAAGUUUCAUGGCUUUUCUGCUUCAGAUCAUUUUGAUUCCACAAAUUUUGAAACUACGUAG